GCGAGGGGCCAGGCCGCCCUGGCGUGGUGCGGACGAGGGCCGGGACGUCCGGGCGCCUUCGCUGCCCAGUAAGGCGGUGUUGCGGGCGCAGCAGGGCGCGCCGGCUCGGGGCAUGUCGGAGAAGCUGCGCAGGUGCCGGAAGGAGCUGGCCGCGGCCAUCGACCGGGCCUGGGGCGGGGCGCGGGGCCGGCGGGCGGCCCGGCUCCUGGGGGGUGCGCCCUGGAGCCCGGCCUCGGGGUCCCGUUGGCCGGCGGCCCGCAGGGAGAACGAGCGCGCGGCGGGCCCGGAGAGGCGGCGCUGGAGAGCGGCGGCCGCGGACGGGUGGCGCCCCGACGGGCUCAGGGAAGAGGUGGAGGGCGGUGGCGGCUUCCUGGCUGCGCCCUGGCUUGUGCCCACCCCCAGCCGCAGACCCUCUUCUCCCAGGAAAGACACGGAGAAAGAGUUGAAGGUUGACUCAAAUAUACCACCCAGCAGUUUCAGCCAAGAGGUCGCAGAGGAUCUGCUUGGUGUGAUCGACCAUACGAGCAUCCGAACUAUUGAAGAAUUGGCUGGGAAACUAGAAUCUGAAAAUGAGUUGCAGCAUGUGCGUGGUCGCUGCGGAGACUCGCCCUUCAGGGAGGAAGCCUGGGCUCUGCUGGGGGACGAGAGCCCGCUGGAGGCCUUAGAUGCUGACCCAGGUGGCCUCGGGCGGGCGUUCAGUGAUCACAGUAUCGUUGAGACUGUCCUGGACUUGGAAGAGGACUACAGUUUGAUGACCUCUUUUAAAUACCUGAUUGAGUCAGGACAGCUGGCUAUCUAGCUUUGGGCCCUUACAGCAGGAAGUCGGCACACAGCAUCUGUGGGAGCAGCCAGGUGUCGGGAGCCUUGCUCAGAGGGUCGGCAGAACCUGAAUCAUCACACCCUUUUUGGCUCCCAUUCAGAUCCCUUUCUGAGACGAGAGCCCAACUUUUUUAUUCUGUUGCUUUGAAAUGUUUCUUACUGUUGAUUUUUGUCACUUUGCUUGAUAUCUUGAAUGUGUUUUUUGGUUGAUGUUCAAUAUACCCAGUACCCAAAGCAGGUGCAGGUCAUGGG